AAGCUGUUUCAGCCCUGUCUAUCUUUGAAAAAUAUGUAUAUAUAAAAUUUAUACACACACAUUAGCAAGAAAAAGGUGUAGUCGUGAGUCAAUCAGUGUGUGUAGUGCGUGUGUGGUUUGAUAUUUCUUUGUUUUUGCCGCUCGUGAUGAGAUAGAAAGUGAUGAAGGAGGAAAGCUAGGAAAGGGAAAAGAAAAAAAAAAGACUUUGUCUUUUUGUGGGGAUUUGGAGAGGUGGGAGUGGAGGGAUAGAGUUAUUCGUUGGAGUUGAAAAAGGGGGUGCCUUUUUCUAUUUUUAAAGGUGUAACCUUUUUCAAUAAUCAUUUGUUGAAUAUUCGAUUUUUUUAGCCCCCAUUUGUGAAGUAGAUCCCUUGUGCUGAUUCUUGAAUUAGAAAUAUCUCUCUCUAGACUCUAGAUAAGUUUGGAGGAAUGAAUGGUGGUGUUGAUCUUGAUUCAGAAGAUUCUGAGUUUGUGGAAGUUGAUCCCACUGGGAGAUAUGGAAGGUAUAAUGAGAUUCUUGGAAAGGGGGCUUCAAAGACUGUUUAUAGAGCUUUUGAUGAGUAUGAAGGGAUAGAGGUAGCUUGGAACCAAGUUAAGCUAUAUGAUUUUCUGCAGAGCCCUGAGGAUCUUGAAAGGCUGUAUUGUGAAAUACAUCUUCUCAAGACUCUAAAGCACAAGAAUAUCAUGAAGCUAUGCACUUCAUGGGUCGAUACGGCUAACAGAAAUAUCAAUUUCGUGACCGAAAUGUUCACUUCUGGCACCCUUAGACAGUAUAGGUUGAAGCAUAGGAGGGUGAAUAUAAGAGCAAUAAAGCAUUGGUGUAGGCAGAUUCUUCAAGGCCUACUCUAUCUCCAUAGCCAUGAUCCUCCUGUGAUUCACAGAGACCUCAAGUGCGACAACAUCUUCAUCAACGGGAACCAAGGGGAGGUCAAGAUUGGCGACCUUGGCCUUGCUGCAAUCCUCAGGAAAUCGCAUGCUGCUUGUUGUGUAGGGACACCGGAGUUCAUGGCUCCAGAGGUGUACGAGGAGGAAUACAAUGAAUUAGUUGACAUUUACUCCUUUGGAAUGUGCAUUUUGGAAAUGGUGACGUUUGAGUAUCCGUAUAGCGAAUGCACUCACCCAGCCCAAAUUUAUAAGAAAGUGAUCUCUGGGAAGAAACCCGAGGCUCUAUACAAGGUCGAGGAUGCUGAGGUUCGUGCAUUUGUUGAGAAAUGCCUAGCAACCGUCUCGAACAGGUUGUCUGCGUGGGAGCUUCUCAAUGACCCCUUUCUUCAUAUAGAUGAUUACAUUUAUGACAUGAGGCCACCGACAGGUUAUCAGAGGGACUACGACGAGUUAGGCCCCAUUUUGAGCCAACAUCUUAUGAGUACUUAUCAUAGCACCAGCAGCUCUUUAGUCAAUGGCUGCAACAACUAUCUUGGCUAUGAGCCGGAGAAUGACCUAGACUGCAACUCAGUGGAGUAUGAGGGCAACGAGAUCGAACUGUUCACGAGCCAUGAGGACGACCACGGGGGAAAUGUAGACGUGGUGAUCAAAGGGAGGAGAACUGAGGACGACAACAUCUUUCUUCGACUCAGGAUCGCAGACAAAGAAGGCCCCAUUCGCAACAUCUACUUCCCGUUCGACACUGAGACCGACACAGCCCUGUGUGUGGCGACUGAGAUGGUGGCGGAGCUUGACAUCAUGGACCAGGACGUGACUGAGAUUGCCAAGAUGAUAGACGGUGAGAUCGCCUUGUUGGUGCCCGAGUGGAGAAGCGGGGUCGGUUUUGAAGACAGCAGUCCCAACAACAAGACCAUAAACCGAUGUCACAUCUGCACCUCAGAUGGCUCCGAUGCAGCAGGCUACUCCUUGCAAGUCCUUCAGUGCCCGAAACACGGAUGUGGGGCCGUGCACGGACGUUUUGAAGAGAUUACGUACCCCUUUGAAGGGGACGAGCAGCAGUAGCAAACUGAUUUCGGAUAUUAAGCGCGAUAACAACUUGACAGUUGAAGAAGCAAAAGGCUUGCCAUUCGUCUCAACCGAGGCUGGAAUGAAGGGAGGGUGGUUCUGAGCCAGCACACGAGCUCUUGUAGUCCGUUGCAGCGCAUCUCCGUCCUCAACCAUUGCUCGCUCAGACGAGGCAACGGGCGUGUAAAGCAUAUACUUAUAGUAAGUACUGAGGAUUAGGGAAAGAUGUCAAGUUAUGAUAGUUUUGGUGCAGCUGUGUAGAUUGUGAGCUUGAAUGGAAGAAGGUACACACACUCAAUGCUCAGAAAUAUGAAAAUUUUGUAUCAGAAAUUAAUAUGUUAACAUUUAUUAUUGAUAUUGAUUUGAUCACUCUAUUUACUAA